AUGAGUCGAUAUCUCACGCCUUCCAAAGUAGCCUUGCUUUCUCUAGCACUCAUCUACGCCGAGGGCGUUGUACCGACCCCCGAAACUGUUCCAGUCCUCUCUUUCCUUGUCUCGCAUAUUCUCCCUGAUGCUCCGAGAUCAUCUCAUGCGCCUUCAUCCGAUACAAGCUAUGUCAUCAAGUUGGAUAAUUUUGAGUCGGCCUUGUCCUCCAUCCCCUCAGCAAUACCAGGCCGAACAGUCUGGGAUCUCUUUUUGAAAAAGCUGUGGUCGAUCGAUUGCUCUCAUGCUUUGGAGCAGCUCAUCUCUAAUGCUCUGACCGUAAUCAGCAAGUCUCGAGAGCAAGUGCAGAGAGAAAGAGAUGAGGGUCUUCCGCCGGAGCCAUUUGGACGAAUAUCCCGUACAUCUCCCCUUGGGGCCUUCAUCAGACGAGCACAUCUGGAGUAUACACGACUACAUUUCUCGGAUGCUGCUGCACUUUGGCAGAGUUUUAUGCUUUACAGAAGGCCCACAAAGCAGGCUUUUGAGAAGAAGAAUCCGCAUUACGGUCGGAGUAGCCUUGAUGUCAACCUCUCUGACUUACAGCUCGACAGCUCGCAUCCAAUUGCACAGAUCAUGUACGGCAAUCCUGAAGAUGAGGGAAAUGUAGAGGAAGAGUUCUUGAGCACACAUGAUGUGGAAAGACUGAUGGAGUUUCAUGUUUCGGAACUGCAAAGAUUUGGAGGCCGAUUACCAGACGACAUGAGAUCAAAACUCCGGCAGAUGUCGGUCGCAGGAACUCCUCUGCCGAGUCUGGGACACUACUUGAAAUUCCUCGACUGCUGGAGAGCCGGGGACUAUGCUUCUGCAUUCGACAACUUGCAUCGGUAUUUUGAUUACACAAUGCAAAGCCGCGACCGCACCUUCUACCAAUAUGCACUGCUCAACUUGGCUAUCUUGCAAGCAGACUUCGGAUGCCACAGCGAGGCCAUACCCGCCAUGCAAGAAGCGAUUUCAAUUGCAAGGGAAAACAAGGACGUGACUUGUCUCAAUUUCUGCAUGAGUUGGCUGUAUCAUUUUGGCAAAGCGUUUCCGGCAGAGAUGAAGGAGAUAAAGGAAAGCGGCAUGCUCGGCAGCGAGAAUGAGGCGCUAGCCUUCUUGAAGACCAGGGCGAAAGAUGCAGAAAUGUGGAAUCUGCUCAGCACGACACUGCUCAGCGAGGCCAAGCUAGGAUUGCAGAACGGGGAAAGCAUCGCCACUGCCUUUGAAACAAUUGCCAAGUCAGCACAUCUGAAUGUUAUCAAAGGAGUGACCAGUGUGCAGGGUCCGACGCUGCUCAUGCGAAGCUCUGUGUAUGGUCGAACAGGACUGGCACACCUUGCCUGGUCUGGCGGUGACAUCUUCUUAGAUUGCUAUGCCGACGAAGCUCCCGCAGAGGAUGUCCUAAAAUCUACAUGCAGGAUGGCCAACCUCCUCGUACAGAAAGGGCGUUACAACCAAGCCAGGGAAAUGCUAGACAACGUCGACGAAUCCAUUCUCCGUGUCCUCAAAUAUCGACAAUACUGGACCUUCUCUGCCGGCAUGCUCCAACUCCGCCGCUCCCUCCACCACGACGACCUCACCACGUCAUCUCACCUCCUGACCCAACUCCGCAGUCAAGGCGCCCCUGACAUCGAACUCUCCUUCGCCUUCUCCCUGCUCGAGAUCGAUUUCCAUACGCGCCAAAAAUCCUACGACAAGGCCCUUGACCUCGUCGAAACCCUCGCCAAAUCCUCCCACGAAGAAAACACCGACAUCAUCGCGCAGAUCAAACUGCUCAACAUCAAAGCCCGUCUCCUAGCGCUUUGCGGCCAUCCACAUCAAGGCUUCUCCAUCACCGUCCGCGCCGCCAGCAUGGCGCACCGAGCCCGCAUCCUCCCCUGCCUCUGGGAAUCAGCCGUCAUCCUCUCGAACAUCCUCCUCCACCUGCACGACUUCUCCGCCGCGAUCCAGCUCCUCGAAGCCGUCGUGCCGCAGGUCCUCGAGUGCGAGGACGGCCAUCUCGCAGCCAGGACGUACUCGGCGCUGGUGGACGCGCAUAUGGGUUUGGCUGGGGAAGCGAAGUCGGCGAGGAGGAAGGAGGGGUUGAAUAAGGCGGUGGAGUAUCUAGAUUGUGCGUUUGAGGAGUUUAGAAGGAUUGAGGAUGCGAGGGGCCAAGGGGAGAUGCUGGCCAAGAAGGCGACGGUUAUGCAUCUUUGUGGCGACUAUGGGUUGGCUAAUGAUAUGGCGAGUCGGUACCUGGACUUGAAGAGGGAGUAUGAAAAGAUGAGGGGAUGA